UUAUUUGUUCCAAUUGGCAUUGACGUCUCUUUCCAUUUACAAUGGAGUGGUGGGAGAUGGUAACACCUUAAUUAAGUGUGCAGCUCUCGUAAUCUUCGUCUUCAGCAUGUUCGUCUUUGUUAUUCUUACAUUGGCUACUGCAAGACUACCGAAAACUAUGCACCGGGUACGUCCCAUCUUGGAGCGUCUUUUCUUCUACGAAGAAGGACUCGAAGAUAAGCUAAAGAUAAUUUCCUAUAGGAAAAGACUAGGAAAAACUCCUAUAGGAAUAACCGUUGCUGGAAUAUUCACGAUUACUAAAAAAAGCAUGCCAAAGAGUUUACAGACGAUGUAUUCCUGUUUUACGAGUCUGACGAAGGUUAAAAAUCAGAUAAAUGCUUGCGAUAAAGCCUAUAAAUACGUUCAAAUCUGAAAAGAAUAAAGGGAUCUUAGCGUAAAAUUUUUUUAAAUGUUCACACGCAGAGACUUCUAUGAUGUAUUUAAAUAACUUUUAGUUACGUGUUACAAUACUUCUUUAAUCUUUCGAAUAUUCAUCCAUAAAUGCGUUUUGACAUAAGGGAUUUCUAUAAUGGAGAUAAAUAUAAUACUGUACUACGACAAUGAAUUAUUUCUAAAUAUUCUUGUAACUCCGUCCAUAGUUUCCGAGUGUAGAG